UUGGCCCCGUUGGGAAACAUCGAUGUUUCUUUGCCACUAUCGAUUAGUUCUACGGUCACUUUUUCUAAAAAAUUAAUUAUAAAAAAUAAUCCUAUUUUAAAACAUAUUCUUUCAAUAUUUUUACGAAGAGGGGCUUCCCGAACGGAAUAUUUUAAACACGAAUAUAAAUACCGAAAAAUCAAUAUGGAUAUCAAUGCAUGUGUGUAUAUGUAUGUGUAUGUGUGUUUACAAUUGCAUUUAUAUCGCAAUGAACGCGGGAAAACGUGGAGCAUUAAUAAUAUUUGAAGGUUGUGACCGCAGUGGAAAGUCCACUCAGAGCCAGUUGUUGGUUGCGCUCCUGAAUUCAAAGGGUAUUCCGGCAUUGCCCAUGAACUUCCCGGAACGCAGUUCCAUCAUUGGCCAGGUGAUAAACUCCUAUUUAACCAACAGCAAGGAUCUGCCGGAUGAGGUGAUACACCUAAUGUUCUCCACCAACCGCUGGGAGCACAUGAACUACAUAAAGCAGAAUCUGCAUGAGGGCCGCACAGUGGUUGUGGAUCGAUAUUCCUUCUCUGGAGUGGCAUAUAGUGCAGCCAAAGGAUUGGACUUCGAUUGGUGCUAUGCUCCGGAAAGGGGGCUCAUUAAACCAGAUGCAGUUUUUUACCUAAGAGCACCACCAGCUGACCUUACAAAUCGGACACAAUACGGCGAAGAGCGUUAUGAGAAAGUGGAGUUCCAGGGUCGUGUGGCCAAGGUAUUCGAUCGCAUUUGCUCCGAGCAGGGCAGCUAUUGGCACCAGUUUGAUGCCACUAAGCCUGUGGAGGAUUUACAUGCCCAGAUAGCGAGCAUUACGGAGGAGCUCCUGCCCAAAGUGGGCACGCAACCCCUGGAGAUGUUAUCAUAGCAAACGUCCUCGCAUCAUCAUUCAUUAGGGAUGAUUUACAUUGGGAUUUACAUUGAUUUAUACAAUACACGAAUGUUUGUUAUAAAUGUUUUAAAUGCCGCUUUACUUUUAAUUUACGAUAAAGCUGCAGGCAAUAAAUCCAAACGAACGAUA